AAAAUAACUUUUAAAACUUUGCUUUUAUCAAAUUCAGUUUAUACUAACCAAAAAACAAUCAUUAAAUUCGGCCGGUCAACUGAAACCCUAAUCGCACCUACCCCAAAACUUCCUCUCUCUUUCUCUCUCUACAUUCCUCGUUACAAUCUCUCAGAUCGGCGCACCGGAAUUUAUGGAGCACGAUGAAGAAACUCACUCUCAUCAGUCCGGUGGCUCUGGAUCUCGAUCUCCAGAAUCGCCGCGAUCUAACGGCAGGAUAACGGUGACGGUAGCAUCAGCGCCGCCUCCUCAGAACACCUUGACUUUAGCUCUACCGAUACAGCAACCGCAACCUCUUAGAACGUCCGGCGGAAGCGGUGGAGGUGGCGGUGGUGGAAGGGAGGAUUGCUGGAGUGAAGGUGCUACGGGUGUACUGAUCGACGCUUGGGGUGAGCGAUACUUGGAGUUGAGCAGAGGUAAUUUGAAACAAAAGCACUGGAAAGAUGUAGCCGACAUUGUUGGUAGUCGUGAAGAUUAUAGAAAAACACCUAAAACUAAUAUUCAGUGCAAAAAUCGAAUUGAUACUGUGAAGAAGAAAUACAAGCUGGAGAAGUCUAAGAUCGCUUCGGGUCAAGGUCCGAGCAAGUGGCCUUUCUUUGAGAAACUGGAUCAGUUGAUUGGCGCGACGGCUAAGAUCAAUCCAACCAUCGCCGCCGGAGGUGCUGGACCGUCUAAUUUAUAUUCAAGUAAUCAAAAACUGCAAGUGCCUAUGGGUAUUCCUAUGGGAGUUAGGUCCCUUCCUCAUCUUAGACCACAUCAACAGCCGCAAUCACAACAGAAGCAGAAGCAACCCUUUCGAAAAAGGCCUCACGUUGAUUCAGACACGUCGGAAUCGGAGUCGGAACCGGAGCUUUCGCCUGAUUCAACUGACAGUUUCCCGCCGGGAACUUUUCAGAGAAAGAGGCCAAGGAUUCAGAGGGAAUUGAUGAACUCAAGUGCAAUGAGGCAGGGGACACGUGGAGGAAGUGGAGAAGCUAGUGGAAAGGGCAAAAACUGGGGGAAUUCAGUGAGGGAGUUGACACGGGCGAUUCUGAAAUUUGGGGAAGCUUAUGAACAAGCAGAGAGCGCAAAGAUACAACAAAUGGUGGAGAUGGAGAAACAAAGGAUGAAGUUUGCUAAAGAACUGGAGUUGCAGAGAAUGCAGUUUUUUAUGAAUACACAAUUGGAGCUUUCGCAGCUGAAGCAACAUAGGAGGGUUGGGAACAGCAACCACCGUAGCAACAAUCAUACCACCACCGCCAACAACCACAAUAAUAGUGAUAGCUCAUAGCAGUAUUUGAGGUCUAGUUUGUGACUGAAAUUUGAAGGUUAAAGAUCCACGGGCUUGGUGUCUGACAUGAAUUUGUAUUUGUAAUUUGGUAGUUUUAUUGAUAAACUAUCUCUUCAUUUCAAAGCCAAGUUGUAGAAUAUAUAUAGUUCAUUAAUUCUUAACUGAGGUAUAUUUAGCUGAACGAAGCUCCAGCCCCGUUCCAUCUAUCUUUCAACUUUUACAAAGGUGAACAUGCGACAGAUGUUGUUAAUGGUGUUUAUGUUAAUUCAAGAAGUCAAUCCUAGCUCCA